AUGCAAGGUGUGCACACCGAAUUGGCAGCGCACGCCCCACCACCCACGAUGAUGCAGUUGGUGGCUGUAGAGACUCUCAAGUUGUGGGAGACGGAGGGGCAGGCCAUGGUGCUUUCAUUGGACGCCAGCACCUCCGAGAUCAACCGGCUACUAAAGGACCGUGGGGAUAUACUCACAGUGUCGUACCUUAAUGCCUUGGAGUAUGUGACAGCCGAUCUGUACUACAAGCACAGAGACAUCUACAACAAGAUCAUAGCCAAGCGCUCAGAGGAGGGGCACGUGUUCACUGCUGUGUUGGCCCACGCUGAUCGACCGGGUGUACAGGCUAUCAAUAAAGCUCUCAUAGCUAAGAUUGGGAAUUGGGUGUUACCACUACCUAGGAUUGCGGGGACGUCACAGAUCGCUUUCGACUACACGUAUGGCCCAAUCACCGAGCGCGUUGCCAUAGAAACCUUCUGUACGGCCGCACUGGAGGAUAUUGUGCGCGACCUUCCGGCACUCGACUGGGAGGAUACCGGCGAUGAUGCGAUGGAGAAGGAAGCGCUCGAGGACGAGAGCGAGAGUGCGGGUGACAACGCAGACAGUGACGAAAGCGCUGAUGAUGAGAUAUUGCCGUUGAGCGAGAACGCGGAGAUGGACAACAUGGCUACGUGAUGUGGCAGUAGGGGGUGCUGUCGGGAGUGGGGACGGGGAGUGAUGUGCGGAUUGCCCCUGCUGUUGGCUGGUACGGGUUGCUGAUCAAGAGAGUGUGGUAGGUUCUCAUCAGAGUGUAGUGUGAUAUACACCACGCCCAGGCAUGAGGGAUGGGAUGAAGAAUGUUACCAAGCAAUUCAGGAGAAAAGAGCCACAACAACGAACGUGAAAUGUACCGGGGUGGUGUUCGUAUGUCAAUAUUUUGAUGUGGCAGGUUACUAAGCGCACAGACACAGUGGACAUGCAUUCAAAAGCGACUGGCUGAUGUGUCAAGACCAUUUCACAGCAGGGUAAGCAUUGCGAGUUGGUGAGGACUGAAACUAUUGAACGUUUUCAUUGCCCUGCUCCACGACACAACCGGUAGUGGAUCUAGAGAAUGCCACAGUGGGAAAUCACAGGUAAUAGCUGCUGCGAAGUGCCAUGAGCUGCGAACUCGUAACAUAUGCUAUUGUCCUUGUCAGUGUGAUGAACAUACUCAACAUCCACCUACUCUAAAGCUACAAGUUGAUGCGAGUAGUCGGAAGUAGAUGAUAACUUGAGUUAGUGAUAUGGUAGAGCACAUCAGGAUGUGACGAUAUAGAUGGAUAUGUGCAUGCCGACCACAGGUUUUUCAAAGUGUGAUCUAGUUCAAUUAAUCGCAUUAAUCUCCUGAUGUCUGUCCUGAAAGCACUCGGUGCAAUGUAUUGCCCACACUACUCAUAUGCACCCAGAACAGUUGAGGUUAGUCGACAGGCAUUUACGGG